GCCAUCCAUAUCGCCGCCCACCAUCUGCAUUUUGAAGCGUUCAAGCGAUGCACAACGACCGUCACGACUAUACAUAGACCAGCCGCGCCAUGGCUCAUGCCACGACUGGCUUUUUUGAGAAAGACCACGGGAAGCGACAUGGCUACUGGAACCGAGGGCAACACGAUCGAGCGCCGCUGCUCGACGCACCGGCCAACAUCCCACCGAAAGCGGCAAUUCCAGCAACAAUAGAGGCGAAGACGAAAUUGAAGGCCUUUUCCUUCGCUGCGUCGGAACCGAAGGAACACAAAAUAGAGGCUGCAAAGAGCGAGCAGGGAAGCGGCAACGCGUCGAGAAAGGGCAGCAGUAUGCACAGUACGCCGCAGCUGGAACAGUCGAAUUCAUUUCCAUGUACGCCAGGCGCUCGAUUGCCACUGGAGGACUUGAUAGGCGACUGUGACGAGGUGAAGAAGGAUGAGGAAGUGCUGCGAUCUCCUGAAGAGCAGAUUGGCUGGAUACCCAACAGCUCUUCAGAGCUGCUCACCCCAAAUCGCAGGAAACGGAAACGAGCGAAGAGCUCUUCUCCGUCUUGCCCGGGUUCCUCCUCGCAGGCACAUGGUGUUUCAACACAGGCAGCACACCAGAACUCCGUCGGACGAACACCUGCCGCUGAUCCUGCAGCAGACCUGUGGCAGCGAUAUGCGAGUGGGAGAACGAGUGGUGAGCACUUGCAGGCUCCCGAGAACACAUUCAUAUUCCAGGCAUCACCGCGGCCGCUGGAGACACCAGUGAAAGGCGGAGGACUUCGGCGAUGGGCCAGUACCGGCAAUGAUUGGCCUAGCAGCAAGAAUAAGCGGCAACGAACUGGUGUGGGCAAGACGAGUAUCAAUGUGUGGCAGGAUCAGACGGCCGUCGAAUCUGGUGGCAAAAGCAGAGUGGCCACUAUGGUGCAGAAAUUGCAAGAAUCUCUCGCCACGCAGAAGUUGGAGCAAGCGCGGAGGGAGGCACCUCACCCUGCGACUGUCGAUCUGCCUUCGAGUUCAAGCCCAUUGCCUGACACGGGUGACUUUGCGCCCAAAGUGCAGGCUACCAGCCCGCUCCCAGCACGGCGUCCAGCUCUACCAAUGCCUCGUCCGCCUAUGCAGACCUUGCGCCCUACACUCUCUGGAGGAAUUCGGUUUGAUGCCUCGAGGCAAGCAGGCGAUCCGCUCAAUCCCGGUGCAGCGCCCACAUAUUCGCUUCAGAGCAAAGCUCCUUUGCCUGCUUACAAGCGUCCAUCGAUCAUCCGGCCGCCGAGUCAACCGAAAGUGCCUCAGAUCGUUGAACCUGCGGCUCCACGAGUCGUGGACGAUGUUGAAUUCGGCGAUGACGAUUUCGAUCUCACCGUCGAUGACAUUGAUGAGCUGUGCUCGCAGAAACCACCAACUCGAAAAGUGUCUCCGAGAAAGAAUACCCACAAAGCGCCAGAACCUGCACUGAUCAAUGCACCUGGACGACCGGCUCAACAAGGACCCACCACUAUUACGAUCGAUGAUGAUGACGAAUUUGGCGAUGGCGGCAUUGACGAAGACUCCUUUGUCCAGGCGGAAUUCAGUGCUACACAGGCAAUGCAGAUAUCACCACGAAGACGAAGUCCACGAAAAGGCCACCAGCGAAGCCCUCGAAAAUCACGCUGCUCGGCAAGCUGCACGAGCCAGACGGAUAAUCAUACUCCAACCCUGCAACGCUACUUUGUGAAGCAAGUCGUGAAUGGGCAAUACACUGACGACAGAGGUCGAAAUUGCGAGGAACUUAUUCUCCUCACGAACAAUGAACGCAGGCGCAUUCCCACAGCCAUCACGCUUCGCGGAUCAUGGAGUACAACGUCCGUGGCCCCGAAGGCGAUCGUUCACGUAGCACAUAUCAGGCGUCGGACUCCCUUGAACAAGCCCGCGAGCCCACCGGGGCAGAUCGUCAUAUCCGAUGAUGAGCACAGUCCGCUUUUGAUUGUGCACCCAGACCACAUGCUUUCGGCAACGACUGUUGCCGACUCAUUCGACUGCAUUCGCAAAGCCGUAUUGCAAGAUCGCAUCAAGGCAACAAGUGAAGGAAGCAAGGCUAUGGUAUACGGCAAAAUCUUGCACGAGAUCUUCCAGCAAGCUCUCUCCGCGAACGAGUGGUCCGAAAGCUUCUUGGCCGAACUGGUCGACCGGACAAUUCAAGCACAUGUCGAGGGGCUGUGGGAGCUUGGCAUGCGGGAUACCAAUCUUGCGGCCGAGGAGGUCAAGGCGAAAAUGGGCGAGAUCACUGCCUGGGCAGGAAUUUUCGUGCAGCCUGAGCCGAGCGCUGCGGCGCAAGUCGACGACAAGCAGGGCGAAAAGGUGCUCAUGAGUAUCAGCAAGCUGAUCGCCAUUGAAGAGCAUGUUUGGUCACCGCAGUAUGGUCUGAAAGGCAAUGUGGAUGCCACAGUACAGACGACCAUUGUCAGCAGACCUGGCGCUCCGGACCUCCAGAACCUGAUUGUGCCAUUCGAGGUCAAGACGGGACGAACAACGCAGAGUGCCGCUCACCGAGCCCAAACGGCGCUUUACACCCUUCUCAUGUCUGAUCGAUACGAUGUGGGCGUCGAAGCUGGAAUUCUCUAUUACUUGGAAAGCUCCUCCAUGUCCCGGAUCGCACCGCCGCUGAACGAGAUCAAGCAAAUGAUACAGCAGCGGAAUCGAUUGGCAGCCUACAUAUUCCGAGCCAGGAACCCACAUCAUGAUGAGGACGGAAGUGCUCCAGCCCCCUCGCAGAUGGCCCCGGAAUCUGGUCUGCCAUCGAUGCUUCGGAACCCUUACAAGUGCGGCAGAUGCUAUGCACAGCAGAGCUGCUUCAGCUAUCACGCUCUGGUUGAGAACGGAAAUGCGGACACCGCCGGCAUGGUGGACGACAACAAGAAGAACCAUAGCCUGACAUGGCAAGAAGCUAUGGGUCACCUCAUGCUGCAUAGUGAAGAUGUUGCCAGAAGUACUACUCUGAAAAAGUGGUUCUCCAAAUGGGACAAGCUGUUGACUCUGGAAGAGAGCGAUCAAGCACGAUUUAGAAAGGAGCUCUGGACAAUGUCAUCUACGGAGCGCGAAGCUGCUGGGCGAUGUUUCGGCCGCCUUCAAAUCGUCAAGGACAUCACAGCAUCUAGCACUGCUACCCAGGUCGAUGGUGUUGAAGGCAGCGGAGGCAAGAUCAAUCGCUUUGCCUACGUCUUCUCUCGGGCGCAGUCCACUCCUGGAACUCCCUUUACAGAAGGCAGCCAAUUGACGCUUGGAGAGCCGAUCGUUGUAUCAUCUGAGCAGGGCCAAUGGGCUCUUGCAAAUGGGUACGUGGUCGCUAUCAGCAGAUCCGAGAUCACAGUAGCAGUCGAUCGCAAGCUAGGCGAAGCUCGUCGACGAUUGGAAGAGUUCGACGAGAUGAAGAAUCAGGCAUUCCAAGGCACCAUGACUGUGGGUGGCGAGUUGACCGCUGCACAGAGCCUCGAGCCCAUUCUCUACCGUAUCGACAAGGAUGAAUUCAGCAACGGACUGGCGCUCGUGCGAAAUAAUCUCGUUGCACUCAUGGAUAACACUCCAAUCGUCAACAAACUCCGGGAUCAGCUCGUCUUCGAUGCUGAACCGACUUUCACGCCCACGCCAGCUCUGCAUGGACAGUUCGAGCCGACUCAGUUGGGACAAAUGAACGAGGACCAGCGAUCCGCAGUCUCUCGAGUGCUUGCUGCAAACGACUAUGCUCUGAUACUUGGUAUGCCUGGCACGGGAAAGACCACGACGAUCGCCCAUAUCAUACGAGCUCUGCUAGCAGAGCAAAAGUCCAUUUUGCUGACCUCUUUCACACAUACUGCUGUCGACAACAUUUUGCUCAAGAUCAAGGAUAUCGCACCCCCAGAUUCAAUACUGCGAUUGGGAGUGCCGGCCAAGAUCAACCCACAAGUACAGGAGUUCUGUCAGCUGGCUGCCACGCCUCGAAAGAUGAUCGAUGAAGUUGAGGCUGCGUACAUGGGUACUCAAAUCGUGGCGACCACCUGCAUGGGCACGAACCAUGCUCUCUUCCACCGACGAUCGUUCGAUGUGUGUAUUGUCGACGAAGCUUCUCAGAUCACUUUGCCGACUAUCCUUGGCCCUCUCCUCCACGCGAGGAAAUUCGUGCUGGUUGGUGAUCAUUACCAGCUCCCACCUCUUGUUCAAAACAAACUUGCUCUUGAGGGCGGCCUCGAUAUCUCUCUCUUUCGUCAACUCAGCGAGGCUCAGCCGAAUGCUGUCGCAGCCCUCGGCAGGCAAUACCGAAUGUGUGAGGAGAUAAUGUCGCUUUCGAAUGAGCUCAUCUAUCAUGGCAAACUUCGAUGCGGCAACGAAGAUGUUGCGAGAAGGACCUUGCAUUUGCGGAGUCCCGAUGGACUACAAGUCUACCACGGACCACAAUCUGCGUGCAUCACCACAGGCAAUGCUUGUUGGUUGACGCGAGCCACUGCUCCCGAAAACAAAGUCGUCUUUGCCAACACGGAUCCAAUGGGUAAGACUGCGCGGGAGACGCUCUCCGGUGGUGGUAAGAUCACCAAUCUGCUCGAGGCGACUCUCUCUGCACAGCUUGUUCUGUCAUUCCUGGCACUUGGCGUCCCGCCUUCUGACAUUGGCGUCAUCACUCUCUACCGCUCACAGCUGGCUCUUAUGCGGCAACUUUACCGUCGUGCUGGUAUUCCUUCCACAGUCGAAAUCGACUCUGCGGACCGCUACCAAGGACGAGACAAGGAGAUUGUCAUACUGAGUAUGGUUCGAUCGAAUGAGUAUGGAAUCGUGGGCGAUUUGUUGAAAGAUUGGAGAAGAGUCAAUGUGGCGCUUACGCGCGCGAGGAGUAAACUUGUCAUUUUGGGAGGAAGAAAGACGUUGGAGAGGAAUGAAUUGUUGGCAAGCAUGUUGGGAAUUAUGGACGAGAGGAGUUGGAGAAUGGACUUGCCGGAUGGUGCAGAUGGGCUGCAUGCGUUUGAUUUUUCGACGCAGGUCGCUGCUUCGUUAGUACAAGUGGAAGCGAAAGACGAAGGUGAUCUUGGCGCGGUGAAGUCUCCGAGGAAGAGAGGGAGUCCGGUGAAGAGUCCAGUGAGAAGUCAGAAGAGCAGUCCUAUCAAAGGGGAAAAAAGUCCCACGAAGAAGAGGUCUGCGUUGCAGGCUAGCUUGACGGCGGGCAAUCGGCUUCCGAAGUUCGUGAAGGGGAGUAAAGUCGCCGGGAAAGCCAGCAAGGCUAUCAGGGACGAGGUCGUUAUGGAGAUCUGGGAGGACUUGACUGGGGAGGAGUUUUGAUUGGCGAGUACGCUUUUUAGGUAUGUUCAUGCUGGAUGAAUAAAUGAAGCUCGCGGCCGAAGGGCUGAGGGUGAACGCAGGGGAAAGAAAGUGGUAGGAUAUGUAUGUCUGUCAUGAGUGGAUGAAUGGAAAGAGUGGCGC